AUGGGUCUCCGUCUUCCCGCCGGCUUCACACCUUUAGCAUAUGCAUGUCCCCCGCAAGCCCUCCAUAGACGAAUCAAGCCAUUCAAUCCCGCAAUAUCGCUCCUUCCCAUUGUGGCCACAACUUCUGACUUCGACACCACUCAGGCCAAGUCUUCGACCAGCCAUGUCAAGCAUAGUGAGAAGAUCCUUGGAGAUGACCAUACGAACGACCAUGGCCAUGUUGAGGGCAAUGCGCUUAUCUUGGAUAGAGAAGGCGAAAUUCGACGCGUGCCUGUACCUUCGAACGACCCCAACGACCCGCUCAACUUUAGCGCAUGGGAGAGAUACUCUGUCAUCUUCUGCUGCUGCUGGUUCUCGCUCCUGGGCUUAUCGCUAGCACAAGGAUUAGCCCCCAUCCUCAACGUCAUGACGGAAAUGUAUAUGCCCCAAGGUUAUACAGUUGAUGAGAUCUUAUUCCUUAUUACGAUACCAACGCUGUGUAUCGGCCUUGGCAACUAUAUCAUCCUGCCGCUUGGCCUAGCCUUUGGUCGCCGACCCGUCUUUCUCGUUGCCACAAUCAUUUUGCUGGGUGCUACCAUCGGCUCCGCAGUACAGAACUCAUACAAUGCCCACCUGGGUACACGCAUUGUCCAGGGUUUGGCCACUGGCGCUGCCGAAUCGCUUCUCCCACUUAUGUUGACCGAGAUCACGUUCUUGCACGAGCGUUCGCGUGUCUUCGGGUUGUACUGGAUGAUACAGAGCAUCCUCGGAUGCGUCAUCAACCUGUCCACGUCGUACCUCAACCACGCUCUAGGAUGGCGCUGGUUCUAUUGGCUCUUUGUCAUUACUAUCAGCACUGGUCUUGUUUUUGUCCUGCUCGGUGGCUUCGAAACACAGUUCUAUCGCUCCGCUGCCAGCGUUGACGGCCAGCUUGUUAUCACCGAUGAGUUUGGCGUUAUGCAUAUCAUACCCGAUUCAGAGGCCCAAGCACAUCUAGACCGCAUUCAACAGCGCGAGGUUCAGCAGAGCGAAGGUGAUGGCGUGGAUGUCCCGAGGAAGAAGACGUAUCUACAGCGCAUAAAGCUAUGGUCUACACCGCAGCCGCGGCCGUUUCACGUCAUAGUAACAAGCUGGCUACACAUGGCGCAGAGUUUGACGUCGCCUGGCAUCAUUUACGCUAUUUUGACGUCGUCAAUGGCGCUGGGUUGUCUUGUGGGCAUUUCCCUCACAUACAACGAGGUGCUGAUACAGGAAUACAACUGGUCGCCGGAGUCCGUCGGGCUCAUCAACGUCGCGUCCCACAAUCGUGGUGUACACAUGCCGGAGCACCAUCUCAUUACAAUAGGACCUCCCGCUAUAAUCGGCGUCGGCAUGUUGCUCCUAUACGGCUUCACCGCCCACGGUGGUAGCACCUGGUGGGGACCCUACAUGGGCUGGACCAUUUUCCAGUUCGCAUUUACCUCCAUCGUUAUCAUCUCCUCUACGUUCGCCUCUGAGGCCGCGCCUAGACAUCCGGGCCCGGCGCUGGUCCUGGUAAUUGGUACCAAGAACAUCGUCUCAUUUGGUCUGACCUACGGUACUACCCCGAUGAUCGCCAAGCAUGGCUACGAGUGGGCUUUUGGCGUGCUAGCAGGCAUAUUUGGAGGGGUUUUCUUGCUGGGCUUCCCAGUCUACCACCUCAACAUCAAGUGGCGCGCCCACAUUGCUAAGAAGGACAGCGAUAGGGAGGGCGCAUCUGGUACUGUAUGA